ACGGUUCAAGGCAAUUGCAACUAAAAUUCUGCUAGGAAAUAAUAACUGAAAACUGAACUACAAACUAAGACUCGGUCAUCUUUUUCUGUCAGCUGAUAUCUUUGUAUGGCCUUCCUCAAUUCUAGCUAUAUUAGCAGCAUUCUUAAGAUUACUUCCCCAUAAAACUAAAAAAAAAAAAAAAAAAAAAAUUAAAAUUAAACAUUAAAUAAAACAAGAAGAAACACAAAGAGAUCAGAAUCUCCUGAGUUUUCUUCAAUCCCAAGCUUCUUCGAAGGGUUGAUUCAACAGUCUGCCAAAAUAGGUACCCCGGAAGAUAAUGUACCAGUUAAGGCGGAGGUCUCUGCUGGAUCUUCUUCAGCAAUGGUACAAAGUCCAACAUUGAUGAUUGAUGGAGAGGAUGAUGCAGUCUCAACCUUUGAACCUGCAGACCUCCACCAUGCUCCUCCCGCAUUCAUCGGGUCCAGUGACGGAGAUUAUCCGGUAAUUCGGAGCUUCCAGGAUGCCAAGAGCAUCUGUUUUGUGGAGAGUACAAAGCUUUGGUCAAUUGCAGGGCCUAUUGCCUUUAACAUAUUGUGCAACUAUGGUGUCAACUCCUUCACAAACAUCUUUGUUGGGCAUAUAGGAAAUGUGGAGCUCUCUGCUGUUGCAAUUUCUCUCUCCGUCAUUUCCAAUUUUUCGUUCGGCUUCCUGCUUGGUAUGGCAAGUGCACUUGAAACACUAUGUGGGCAGGCAUUUGGUGCUGGGCAAGUAGACAUGCUAGGAGUGUACAUGCAGCGCUCGUGGAUAAUGCUUUUCGCUGCCUGCAUUGCUAUACUACCGCUUUACAUCUAUUCCACGCCAGUCCUAAAACUCCUAGGGCAAGAGGAUGACAUUGCAGACCUUGCCGGAAAAUUCUCCAUCCAAACCAUCCCUCAAAUGGUUUCCCUUGCCAUCAACUUCCCAACUCAGAAGUUCUUGCAGGCACAGAGCAAGGUUGGAGUUCUUGCAUGGAUUGGUUUCAUCACUCUGAUAGCACACGUAGGAAUCCUCUUUCUCUUCAUCAAAGUUUUCGGGUGGGGAACCAGUGGUGCAGCUGCUGCGUACAAUAUCUCAGCCUGGGGGAUGGCAUUGGCUCAGGUAGUUUAUAUAGUCGGUUGGUGUACUAACGGAUGGAAGGGGUUGUCAUGGCUGGCCUUCAAGGAAUUGUGGUCUUUUGCAAAACUCUCCAUUGCUUCAGCUGUCAUGCUUUGCUUGGAGAUUUGGUAUUUCAUGACCAUAAUUGUUCUCACUGGACAUCUUGACAACCCUGUUAUUGCAGUUGGCUCCCUUUCAAUCUGCAUGAAUGUGAAUGGAUGGGAAGGCAUGUUGUUCAUUGGGAUCAAUGCAGCAAUAAGCGUUCGAGUCUCCAACGAGCUAGGAUCAGCACAUCCUAGAGCUGCAAAAUACUCAGUCAUUAUCACCAUCCUCGAGUCUCUCCUCAUUGGGAUGAUUUUCGCAGUGGUUAUCUUGGCAGCCAAGGAUCAUUUUGCCAUCAUCUUUACUGAAAGCAAAGAGAUGCAAAAAGCCGUCUCUCAUUUAGCCUUCCUACUCAGUGUUACAAUGCUCCUCAAUAGCGUUCAGCCGGUUAUAUCUGGUGUUGCUGUUGGAGGAGGUUGGCAAGCUUUGGUGGCUUACAUAAAUUUGUUUUGUUAUUAUAUUGUUGGGCUACCUCUAGGGUUUCUUCUGGGUUACCGUACAAGUUUGAGAGUGGAGGGAAUUUGGAUUGGUAUGAUAUUCGGGACGUUAUUGCAGACACUAAUCCUCUUGUAUAUCGUUUAUAAUACCAACUGGAACAAAGAGGUAGAACAAGCCUCAGAAAGAAUGCGGCAGUGGACUGGAGAAGAACUAGGUGAUCCCAAACAAUGGAGUGGACAAGAAAAUGGACUACAAAAUCAAACUAUAUAGAAUCAAUUUCUUUUUGCUUUCAAUGUAAAUGUUUUCUACACAAUUUGUACACUAACACUAAAGAAUGCUGUUAAAAAAAAUGUGUGUAAAAGAAAAAGAAAAGGAAUGCCAUAGUAAAAGAGACACUGUAAAAAUUUGUAAUUGCAGGAUCUUUUGAGACUACAAGAUCUCCUUCUUUCUAUCCCAAA